AUGAUGCUCAAGAGUAAUUUGGAAAACUUGCUUGAUUGGUCCAAGUCACAUGGUGCGUACUUUGAAAACGUUGAGUUUGCUUUCGAUAAAGAUAGAGGCGUCUACGGUAUUUUGAAACAUGAAGUCAACCUCGAUGAGCCUCUCAUUAUAGUACCUGAAGCUCUUUUCAUUACUCCAGAAAUGGCGACCAAAGUUUUUGGCCUUGACGAACCCGUCGAGGCUCUCAGCUUACUGCUAUUAGCAAAGCUCAAAUUUGACAGGAAAGAGACGCUGAUUAACGGUUACAGCCUGUCAAAAAUGUUUGAGCCAUACAUCGCAUUUCUUCCGAAUUCCUGCUCAGAAAUUGGGCUUCCGCUUUUCUGGACUGAUCGUGAGCAAGAACUGCUAAAAGGUACAGAUGCCUACCCAAGAUUAGAGCAAAAACGAAAAGAGCUUCACAAAGAAUGGAGUUCUCUCAUGUCACUGUUAGAUGAACAUAACAAACUGGAUUUAGUCACGAAAGAAACCACGCAAGGCAAGGGAAUUGUGUCAUGGAAGAGCUUUGAAGCAUAUGCAUGGGCACACUCUAUUUAUUGUACGAGAGCCUUUCCCAAUUUUUUGCGUGAACAGAGUGAGAGAAAUCUCAAUAUAGGUUUCUUAUGCCCUAUAGUUGACCUUCUUAACCAUAAAAACGGUGAGAAAGUUACCUGGACUUGCGCGGAUAACAGUUUUGUGUUCAGAGCCUCACCUAAAUGUAUCAGGCGUGGAGAAGAGGUUUACAAUAAUUAUGGCGACAAAUCUAAUACUGAAUUGCUUCUCAAUUAUGGGUUUGUACUCGACGACAACGAGUCGGAAACGACAGCGUUAACAUUGAAGGUUGAGGAAAAAGUAAUUGAAGCGGGGAUCAAUUUUGGCCUCAAAUUGCCUUUGGGUGCGUCCGCCAAUGGCAUCAGUUUCAACAUUUCACUCGCCACUCCUCUUCCGAAUGAGUUGUUACGAUUUAUGGGUUUCUUGCAUCAGCUAAAAAGCGAAAAAAAUCAGUAUACUUUGAGGAUGCACCUUGAAGGAAUAUCGAAGCUAAGAGACAUUCUAGUUUCUCGUAUAGCCACUUUUAAAACCUGGAAAGCUGAGGAGCAUGCCAAUACCAAUAAAAAGGUCAUAGAACUCGUCAAAAGAUAUCGAUCCUCCCAGAAAUCACUAUUUCAAAGAGCGUGUCAGUCAUGUGAUUCCACAGAAAAAUCAUUGAUACAAAAAUACAAACCACUUACACUGCAAAGAGCUCUCAAAUCAGACUCUGAAUUCGAGAAGUGCCUGACCCUCAUUUUUGGAACUAACAAAGUCAACGAAAUCGAAAAGAAAGGCCUCUCAGACCAAGUUUUAUUAUUAUUCAUAGUAAGAUGCAAAAAUCGGGAACUCUCCAGAGAUUCUCCGCUGCGAUUCAUCCGUGAAACGUAUGAGAAUGUCAGCACAACUAUCGAGAUAACCAGGGAAGACGUUGUGGAAUACUCUGAUCUUUAUCACUCACUUUUCCCUUAUCUCAGCCAGAAAAUCCCUGAAGUAUUUGCAGCCGGGGAUUAUAGUGCCAAAUCCAUGAUCAUUGCGGGCACGGUGGUAGACAGAAUUGUGUUCAAAAGGAAUGUGAACGGGGAGCUCUACCUACUACAAAAGAUUAUAUUGGACUAA